GUCUGCGCCGACCGCACCUUCUACGCCCACCGAAUAGUGUUGGCAGCGGAGAGUGAGGUCUUCAAAAGCGGCCUGGCCACCGUGGCAAAGGAGGCCGUCGACGGACGGCAAGAGAUCAGAUUGGCCGAGAUCUCAAAUCCAGAGGCAGUGAAGUUUAUGCUGGACUACAUGUAUCAGACCGAUGCCUCUGUGUGGAAAGACUACAAUCCUCGGACACAGGAGAUCAACAAGGAUGUGCUUCGGCUAGCGCAAGCCUUUCGCUUGCCCGGCCUCACGGAACGCGCCAUGCACUGGCUUGCGAAGGAUUUGAGCACCGGGAAUGUGGUCGAGGUGCUGACCAUUUGCGAAGAUUUUGGGCUGAACCAGCUGGGAGAUCGAAUUUUGGAGCAGCUUACGACGAACAAGAAAGCUUUGGCUGAGGUGGCCAACAGUUCGCACCCUGAGUGGUUUGAUUCAUGGGACGACCUGGUGACCAGUGGCCCCGGGCAGACAUCAGUGGCUGCUUUGGACCAAGGCGGCCCUUUGGGGAGAUGUCGUGCUGAGGCCGAUCCGGCGUGGCGUCCAAACGAGCUUCAGAGAGAAAGUGAACAUGGGAAACAGGUCUUGGAUAACCUGGCCGUGAAGAUUCAAAGUUUGCGCGCAGAGGUUGAGAGACAGAGGAAGCUGAAGCCAGAACGAGGCUGCAGCUCCUGUCAGGCCGUGACGCUGCAGGUGGAUGCGGCGGCGCAGAGUUUGCUGGGCGCAGCCGGACACGUGGCAAGGACAUUGCUGCGAGAUCCCAGUGCCAACCGAUCAGAGCUUCUCAGUACAGUCCUGCAAUACGUCGAACCUGUAAAGCAUUUGGAUCCCGACCUGGACAAUCUCUACAACCGAGCGCAGGUACAUUAUCGUACAGUACGGGCGCCGGAAGCUGCAAUUCCAGUGCCGCACCAUGCGCAACUGGUCUAUGGUCAACCACCAGUGGCAAUGCGCCCGGUGCCUGUGCAGGUGCGGUCUCCGACGCCCUUUUGGCAGGUCAGAGCAGAUCCACGUCUCGGCACUCCAGCUGUGGUGCAUCGGGAGGUAACUCACUUUCCAAGCACACCAGCUGUGGGGCAUCGCGAGGUCACUCAGUUGCCAUGUACCCCAUCUGUCGGCCACCGUGAGGUGCGCGUAGGGAUUCCACGUUCACCAGCCGUGGUGCACAGAGAGGUCCGAGCCGAGGUGCCAGCCACUCCAAACACAAUGACGCGAGAGGUCCGAACUUUCAAGGAGAUGACAACGCCUUCCAUCAUGCAUCGGGAAGUUCGCAUUGUCACUCCUGUGGUUCAACACCGGCCUGUGCGGACCAUGGUCACGCCUGUUACAACUCCUCAGCCAGUGUACCGAGAGGUUCGGCGUCCGUCAGCCCCGCACGUUGUGACUUCGCCGUUGGUACAGCAUCGCGUGGUUAGGCCUAGUGGCUAUCCGGCCGCGCAGCUGUCUUCAUCGUAUCCGUCCUACACGCCCAACGUAGCAGGUGGGCCAACGCAACCUGUUCCGCAUGCGGCACGUGACCCGCAGAGGCAGGGCAACGUCUUGCCAGUUUCGGUGAGUCAAGCAUGUUGCAGGCAAGAAGUAACGGGUGGGGAGAUGGAUGGGAAACGUGAGCGCGUUCUGCCUGUAGGACCCCAAUGGUUGCCGCACAGGCGCCCAGCGCUUCCGGGCCUGUGGUUUGGCUGCAGAACAGUAGGCCUGCCAACACCUAUGCUGCAGAAGGACAAGCUUUUGCUGAGAGCAGAAUACGCAGCGCAGCUCUUUCCUGAGUGGGCAGUCAUCAUUUUGCGCGUUAAGUGA